AUGGCCCUGUCAGAAAAUAUAAAUGAAUUCAAAGAAUCACACCUAUCGAAUUUGACUCAUUCGUCUAUCGAAGAACUAACGAAUUUUGAGAAUGACAUAUCUCAAGAAUUCAACUCGCUUUCAAAGGAAUACCUAAAUUCUAGAGUUAUCAGAAUUAAUCACUUGAUUAAUUCUCUAAGCUACUUUAUCUCGAAAGUUUCCGAGGACGAAACCGAAUGGCUGGAGGUUUUUAAUACUCAAACUGAAACUAUAAACAAUAUCAAAACCAACACCGAAGAUUUAAUUUUAUCAAGCAAGACUGGAUCUGUUAAAAAUAUCUGCGAUACUCUUGAUGAAUAUGAAGAUACGUUAAAAUACUUGUUUCAGAAUAUCCAGUCACCAUUAAGCUUACUUGGAAACUACAAAGUUAACUUUCUGGCAAAAGGUGAUGUCGCAAACAAGGGCCGCCAAUUACCAUUCGAAGGUCAAUUUGACAAUGUCAUAAGGCCUUAUGGAAAUGAUUUAAAAAGUAUUUUGGGUGAAAGCCAUUAUAAUCAUUUGUUAUUGGAGUCUACUACAAGAGCAAAUUCGACGGUGAUUUGGAAGCAAUAUAAGAGUGAUUUGGUUGCAUACAAAAAUAAAUUAAUAAAUGAAACGUACGAGCAACUUAAUGACUUAUAUAAAGAAUAUCACAACGUCAAUGAGGGCGAACAAAAAAAUAAGAAUAAAGAACAAUACUAUAGGUCGGUGAUUUCUCAAGCUGAUUUAAAAAGAAGCUAUGAUGCUGCGAAUAGUGAUACUGCCGUUUCGAAUAAUCAUGACAAUUAUUACGACUCUAAUAAUUCAUACUUCAAGAAAAAUAAAAUAGAAUUAACAAAUGAGAAAUAUCGUAUUUUAUCAAAGCUAGAAAGAUUCGAAAAAAGUCAAGCAGCCCAUUCAAACACUUCUAAUAUAAGCUAUAAACUAAAUUCUUGUUCUGGUUUGAGCAGCAAUGAAAUUGCCAAUGAUAUAAAUUUGCUAAGGAAUAGUAUAGCGAAUAAGUCGAUUAUUAAUGAUGAGGAGGAGGUGGAUUUUAUCGAACCACAGACAGAUACCAACGAAGAAGAUCAAGAAAUAACUGAAGAAUCAUUGAAACAGAAAUAUAAGCAGUUGCUCAGCAUGUCAUCAGAUACAGUAUCACAGCCGAAGCCUAAAUCUCUUAGGUCAAUUUUGGCAGAUUCUAGCCCGCCAAUUACAGCUACGACGCUACCUAAAUUACAGAUUCCUGACUUACCACCCCUAGAAGCUUUCUCCAAACUACAAAAUAAAAGCGAAGAAGUUUGA